AUGAAAUCUAAAAAGAAUGCUGCUUUACACUGCUUUUUACCCACAUGUGCUCUAGCUGACUUCGAGACAGCAGUCCACAACUCCAUCAGAAAAGUGUUUUCGGGCGUAACAACCAAGGGUUGUUUUUUCCACUUCACCCAAGCUAUUUGGCGAAAAGCUCAACAGUCAGGACUACAGAUUCCCUACAAAGAUGACGACAACGUUAAGACUUUGGUUAGACGAGCAGCAGUUCUUCCCCUUGUUCCCCUUGACUGUAUUGAAGACGUUUGGUUCAGAGCCCUAGAAGACAGAGAGGAAGCUGACCUCACACAAGCUACAGAAUCCUUUACAGACUAUGUGACAGAACAGUGGGUGAAUGGUGACAGACUUCUGUGGAAUCAUUUCGGAACGGAGGGACCACGGACCAACAACAGCCUCGAUCGAGGAUGGCAUGGAAAACUCAAAAGAAUGGCACAGCAUGCACAUCCCAACAUCUUCGUCGUGCUGAAGAUGUUCAAAGACAUACAGAAUACGAAAGAGAUCCAAAAGAUUCAGAGGGAAGCCAGCGGAAGCAUUAGACCUCCAGCGAAAAAGUAUGCAACUAUAAAGAGAAGAUUGCAGCUACUGAAAGAAAGGUAUCAGCAUGGCAUCAUCGAUCUUAUGACCUACACAGAUUCUGCUUCUGAACUUCUUCACCUUGGAUAG